AAAAACAAAACUAAAAGGACCUAAAUGCAAGAAACAUCGUCAAACUCUGUAAAACUGUAACAUGAACUUUCCGAUACAUGUUUGGGCCGAAGCCCAUUAUGAAGAUUGUUUGAAAGAUGGGCUAAAGAGUAUUUUAACUGUAAGAGUCUAGGGUUUGGUCUCUAUAUCUCGCAAGCAGUGUGUUUUAUUGAAGGCUUUGUUCUUGCUCUCUGUGUCUGAAAGGCGGCUACAGAUCCGAAAAUGCCUAAGCAAAUCCACGAGAUCAAGGACUUCCUUCUGACGGCAAGAAGGAAGGAUGCUAGAUCAGUGAAGAUCAAGAGAAGCAAAGACAUUGUCAAGUUCAAGGUCAGAUGCUCGAAGUACCUCUACACUCUCUGCGUCGUUGACCAAGAGAAAGCCGACAAGCUUAAGCAGUCGCUUCCUCCAGGUUUGAGUGUGCAAGACCUUUGAAGAUGAGAAAAUGAAGCUCCUUUGUUAUGAUGAAUCCUGAUGAGUUUUUGUUUAGUUAAACUAUGUUCAAACUUUUUAUGAGUAUUGAGUAUGUUUUGGUUUUUUUAAA